AUGAAGCUUUUCAACCAGCGAUACUUGGGCUUCCGCGGCACCAAGCUCAACCUUGUCAUCGGUGUCAUCGCCGGCAUCGACUUCUUGCUGUUCGGAUAUGAUCAAGGCGUCAUGGGGGGUCUCUUGACCCUUCCCGCUUUUGCGUCUGUCUUUCCCGAGAUCGAUACCACGGCGGCCGGUCUGGCUGGAUUGACCAAGAGCCAAGCCAAUCACAAGUCGACCAUCCAGGGCAUCUCGGUAGCCUCGUACAAUGUCGGGUGCUUUUUCGGUGCCAUUGUCUGUAUCUGGGUGGGCGACAUUCUGGGUCGGCGAAAGACCAUCUUCCUGGGCUCGGCCAUCAUGGUGGUUGGUGCUACUCUCCAGGCUUCUGCGUUCAGCUUGCCCCAUUUCAUCGUGGGCCGUGUGAUUACCGGCUUGGGCAAUGGCCUCAACACCUCGACGGUGCCGACAUGGCAGUCCGAAUGCUCCAAGUCGCAUAAGAGAGGACAAAUGGUCAUGAUUGAAGGCGCCUUGAUUACCGGGGGCAUCUGUCUUUCGUACUGGAUCGACUUUGGCUGUUCAUUCAUCAACAACCAAGCAUCGUGGCGCCUACCGAUCGCGAUUCAGAUCAUUUUCGCUCUCGUCAUUCUCGCCUUCAUCUUGGAACUUCCCGAAUCCCCGAGAUGGCUCAUCUUGAAGGGCCAAGAAGAAGAGGCCAUGGAAGUCCUGGCCGCUCUCUCGGACAAGUCCAUCGAGGAUAGAUACGUGUCGUCUGAAUUUACCGCCAUCAAGGAUGCUGUUCUGGAGCAACAGAAGACCACCUUCCGCGACCUCUUCACCAUGGACGAGGACCGGCACUUCCAUCGCGUAGCACUGGCCUAUGUCAUCCAAAUGUCGCAGCAAAUAAGUGGAAUCAAUUUGAUUACCUAUUACGCGGCCACGAUCUACGAGAAUGAGAUUGGUCUGACCCCCUUUAUCGCCCGCAUCCUGGCGGCGUGUAACGGCACGGAAUACUUCUUGGCUUCCUGGGUUCCCGUCUUUAUCAUCGAUCGGGUUGGGCGGCGAAAGCUCAUGUUGAUUGGGACCGCGGGCAUGUCUGGGUCGAUGGUGGUCCUGGCCGUCAUGACCAAGGUCGGCGGCACCAGUGCUGGCAUUGUCGCCGCCACCUUCCUCUUCGUAUUCAACUCUUGCUUUGCGUUUUCCCUUCUCGGGGUGACAUGGCUCUACCCUGCCGAGAUCGUACCUCUACGAAUCCGAGCCCCGAGCAAUGCUUUGUCGACCAGCGCCAACUGGGCAUUCAACUUCAUGGUGGUCAUGAUCACCCCGGUGUCGUUUUCAUCGAUCGGAUACCAGACUUACAUCAUCUUCGCUGUCAUCAACGCCUUCAUCUUCCCGGUGGUAUACUUCUUCUACCCCGAAACGGCCUACCGCUCACUCGAAGAGAUGGACACGAUCUUCCGCAAGACCAAGAGCAUCUUCCAGGUGGUAUGGACUGCGAAACAGGAGCCUCGUCGGUAUGGCAAGAAUGGGGAGAUCCUCAUUGACUACGAGGAGACUGGCGAACAUCAACGACGGGUGAGCACGGCUGAGCACCGAGGCAGUGUGUACAGCGUCCCAAUCCGCAGCGAUGAGGACUCGGAGAAGGCGACUCGUCGUGAAUAUUCACUCUAG